AUGUCAGUGGAGCGUAAACUGGACAGGGUUGGUCAUCGUAGUCCGAGGGCGAGGCCAGACACGCACUUACGUCACGCCCACUCCAGCGGCAAGGAGGUCAACAUACUGGCGUUGGGUCACCGAGGAGUAGGCAAGACAGAUAUGCUGUACAGCCACUCGAAGUGCAUAGAGGGUAAACAUCUAACCCUGCAUAUUAUAGACACUCUCGGACAGAUGACAGCAGACGACAUCAAUCCACAUCAAGUCCUAUGGGCGGACUGCGUGAUUAUAGAAUUUGCGAUCACAAUGGCCACGAGCUUCCAAAUUGCGAGAACUUUGGCUGAAUACGUGCAUACUAUCAACCAGCCAAUUUCUGUAGCGUUGGUGGCCAAUAAGUCGGACAUGAUUGAGAGAAAAACAGUGUCUGAUACUGAGAUCAGAAGACUUUGUGCCGAGUAUAAUUUGUUGUUCUUUGAAACAUCGGCGAGUGAAGGUUGGACCAGCAUGAAUCAAGUGUUUGUAACGUUAGCGCAACGAGUGCAACAUAUCUUAAAGAAGAAAGAAAAGCUGACUCGCUUUAUGCAGAACCCGGCUGUUGCAGCCAAGUUAAGAUCUAACAGUCAUUCCGAAACCUUGCUCAGCGAGCAUGGAGAACUCGAACUUCUACUUUGUCAUUGAUAUGUCAAUGUAAUGAAAAUUCCGUUUGCUAUCGCUGCAUUUCAUUUUCCCGAAUACAUUAAUAUAUUCAUCUUAUAUAAAUUUAAAAAAAUAGUUUGAUGUCUAAUAAUGAUCCGGUAAAAGUUAGUUAAAUUUUAUGUCUUAAUACACAUUUUUCCGAUAAUCAUUGAUACUCAUUUCAUCAAUCAG